GUUCCUUUCCACCCGCGUUGUCCGACACCAACACCGCGAGGACUGAGGCACAUCCGUCCCCGCUGACCACCUGCUCCUCGCCGCCCUCCCGUAACCACCCCCGAUCGUCUCAGAUGGCUGACGAGGGGGCCACACCUCGCGAGCUGAUCCUCGAAUCAUGCCGUCGCAACAACCCCGACCUCCUCGACGAAGUGCUCGCCCAGCAACGCAGUCCCCCGCAGAUCGCGGCCCUGCUGAACCGGACGGUGGACGGCGUGGGGAACGGGGCGUUGCAUAUCGCUGCGACGUAUGGGAGCUAUGAGGUGCUCGACAUGCUUCUCGAUCAGGAAGGGCUGGAGAUCGACAACUUCGACCGCAUGGAGAAAGACACGCCGCUGCAUAAGGCGGUGCGCCACGUCAACGAGCUCGGGAAAGAACGCUGGGACGAGGGGUUACGGAUCGUGGAUAUUUUGCUGGACGCCGGGUGUGAUCCCAGAAUACGAAACAAGGCGAAGCUGAAGCCGGUCGAGCUGGCGGAUCCGCGAAACGUAGCGUUGAGGGAUAUGUUGCGGAAGGCGGAGUUCGCGAUGAUGGCGGGGGAUGAUGUGGUGCAGGAGGAUGAUGAUGAGGGGCCGACGGGGAGUGGGAGCGAGAGCGACUGAGCGGGUUGGAGUGCAUUUGAACAUACGUAGGUGGCUUCACGGGUACAUAGUCGACUGGGUCAUGAUAUGAUGCUGCAGGUUUUCGGCGUAGUUUCAAUGUCAUAGAUCAGUAUAUGGUAUACGCAGGCGGACCUAAUCUGGUCGUGGUAUAUGAGUUGACUGUUAAGUCCACGAGGUGACCUUAGAAGUCAUGCGCAUAUGCUGUCAUGUCCUGGGUAGUCUCCGCACACCGAGCCGAUUAAGUAGCGCGCCGUGAGUGUAGUUGGAGACUCGUUCGCAUUCGCCUUGAUGUCCGGCAGUUCCUCUUCC